GGCGCUCGGGCAGCUGCGGCGGGGCUGCGGCCGGCACCUCGGCGGCGGCGUUGCCUUUGGGCUGCAGAAAUGCAAAAGCUCUGUCUCCCUACAAGCAAAAAUGCCUCCUUGUGACUUUGUACCUGAAAAAUACCAAUCCUAUGGGUAUGACCGUAUGCUGAAGAUCCGUGAGCGAAAUGUCUCCCCUUCCCUGGUAACAUAUUACAAGAAGCCAUUGUUGCUGCAUCAAGGAUAUAUGCAGUGGUUGUUUGAUUAUAAAGGACAAAGAUACCUUGAUCUCUUUGCUGGAAUUGUUACUGUCAGUGUUGGUCAUUGCCACCCGAAGGUAACUGUGGCUACCCAGAAACAACUUACUCGCCUUUGGCAUACUACUAAUAUCUACAUGCACCCAUCAAUCCAGGAAUAUGCUGAGAAGCUAACUUCACUUCUCCCAGAUCCGCUUAAGGUGGUUUAUCUGACCAACAGCGGUUCAGAAGCCAAUGAUCUGGCAAUGUUCCUGGCAAGGCUGUACACUCGUAACUUUGACAUCAUCUGUUUCAGAGGAGGAUACCACGGAGGCAGCCCUUAUGCACUGGGAGUGACAUCUGUUGGUCCUUAUAAGCAUGGCGUUGCCAAUGGUUUUGGCUGCUCAACAACAAUGUUGCCAGAUGUUUUUCGAGGUCCGUGGGGAGGCAGCCAUUGUAGAGAUUCUCCAGUGCAAACUAUUCGAAAAUGCAGCUGUUCUGAAGGGGGGUGUCAUGCAAAAGACCAGUACAUUGAGCAGUUCAAAGAUACUCUGAAUACCUGUGUGCCAAAAACAAUAGCUGGAUUUAUUGCUGAACCGAUUCAAGGUGUUAACGGAACUGUUCAGUACCCAAAAGGUUUCUUAAAGGAAGCUUAUCAGCUAGUACGGGAAAGAGGAGGCCUUUGUAUUUCAGAUGAAGUGCAGACAGGAUUUGGACGGACAGGCAGCCAUUUCUGGGGGUUUCAAACACAUGAUGUAGUCCCUGACAUUGUUACUAUGGCAAAAGGAAUUGGUAAUGGUUUUCCAAUGGGAGCUGUUGUAACAACAAAAGAGAUUGCAAGUUCCUUGGCUCAGAACCUUCACUUUAAUACAUUUGGAGGAAACCCUGUGGCCUGUGUAGUUGGAGCUGCUGUUCUUGAUGCUAUUGAAGAAGAUGGUCUACAGAAAAACAGUGAGGAUGUGGGAACAUACAUGCUACUAGAACUCGCUAAGUUACGGGAUAAGUUCGAAAUUGUUGGAGAUGUCCGUGGCAAGGGACUUAUGAUUGGGAUAGAAAUGGUGACAAAUAAGGGCAGUUGUCACCCCCUUCCAGAAGAAGAGAUCAGUCAGAUCUGGGAAGACUGUAAAGACAUGGGGGUACUGAUUGGCAGAGGAGGACUCCAUCGUCAGACAUUUAGAAUUAAACCUCCCAUGUGCAUUACUAAAAGGGAUGCAGACUUUGCUGUGGAAGUAUUUCGUACUGCAUUAGAGAGACACACGGAAAGAGCUGCUGAAAAAUAGACUGGAUUUGGUUCCUUGCACGUGAGAUGUUCACUGAACCCCUGAUACUUGCAUAUCUGCUAUCCAACCUCUGCACUAAUCCUGUAAUUAAACUGCAAUGGACAAGAAGAAUUGUAGGCUGGAGAUGAAAUACUUGUUCAGCACAGUAAGACCAUUCUUACACAUCAGCCUUGAAAUAAUAAUCAUCUGUUUGGUAAAGAUAUGAUUCAGUUCUGCAGUAGUGUUUUAUAUUAGUUACAUACCUUUUCUAGUGUUGGUAUAAAAAAGACCCCAGAUUGUAUUAACCUUGUGCCAGAGUAAGUGGAAGACAUUAUCUAUUCAUUUUGCAUCUAUAAAACUUAUGUCAAAAUUGGCUGAGAUAGUCAUGCCUUUUACCACAAUAAAGGAUAGGAUUCUGUCUUCACUAGAACUUAAGAGCUGACACAGCUCUAUGUUUAAUUUAACUCUUAAGUUUAUAUGCAGUAUUAAUUUUUAGAAAGCAGAGUAACGGAUAAAGUAAAAGUAUCCUUAGGUAACAAAAUUUAUUUGGACUUCAGCAACACAUAGUUAAUAGCUUUAACAGACCUCAACAGCAAGCAUAGCAUUUCCAGUUGUCUAGACUAAAGUACAAACAUUUGUAAAACAGACAAAUUAUAAAAAUAUGGGGGUUUUUUGCUUCCUUAAAUAAUAAUAAUAAAAAAACCUAAAAAACUAAUCAAAGUUGAGAGGUAAUGACAUGGGGCAUGUCCCUUUGCCCCAUGUUGUGAGACUUCAUUUAUAUGAGUAAUCAUUUGUGGCAUAUAAGCCAUCUUGAGCAGAACAUAACUGCAGAUUUCAAACAAAGUUAAAAUUGUUCAUCCUUACUGCAAAGAUACACUGUAAUUAGAGCGAGAAAAGUCUGCAUGCACACAAAUAGAAACUUUUCUAAACUAACUGCUGUAUUUACUUUUAACAUGGGGCUCUAACCAUAUCAAUAUCCUCUCCAAAAAGUGCUUUUCUGUUCCUCCUGCCCAACUAAGUAGCUGCAUUUGGUAUUAGCUAGUAGAGCCAUUUAACAAAGGCAUAAAGCACAGCUGAUGGGGGAAAAAAAUGCACUGUUUUUCUUGCAUAAUCAUUUGGUUUUUUUUAAAAAAAAUAGUUCAUUACUUCCUUUAAGCAUCAAGAAAAAGAUUGAAAGUGUUAAC